AUGACCAAGUCUACCGAGGGUAGGUGUGACUUUCUGGUCGCCUCCAGAGCUGUCAGUUACCAGGAUACCUUCGCGUUUGGUGUUGCCCCGCAUUCAGUCGCCUACUCCGACAACGCGGAUGCUCCAUUCUUCCACAACAGCUAUCCUCGUCUAGCAAUCGCGCCGGUCAAGACGACCUCGCAGACGUCGUCGCUGCUAAGAUCUCGGCGCAUAGACAUCAAGUCGAUAUCGUCAGGCGAUGCGAAGGUUGUUUCAAAGCUCGCGCCCGCAUUCGAGAGGUAUAACGAAGAGCAAUUCACCACAGUGAAGUUGCCAGGAGGAAGCCAGAAGGUCAUCGUCAGCGCCCACAACUCGCUGGGCGACGGUCGCUACUACGAUGUCGAGAGCUCAUCGAGCUUUGCCUUUGAUCACACAACCCAGAAAGCCAGUGCCGUUCAAAGCUACGCACUGGAAAGCGCACAUUCAGACCUUGUGAACGGACGGUGGCGAUCUCUGUACACGCUUGACCCAGCAUCAGGAGCCAUCGACGGUUCGAUCAAAGUCGACGUGCACUAUUACGAGGACGGCAACGUUCGACUUCUGACGGACAAGGCCACAACCGCUACGGUGCCCUCGGCCACUGGCAGUGCGAUCGUGAAGGAGAUUGGCAGCAGCGAGAAGAAGUAUCAGGAAGAACUGAACCGGGGCUUUACAGACCUCAGCGAAGGGGCCUUCAAAGGGCUCAGGAGGCAACUGCCAGUAACCCGUCAGAAGAUUGAGUGGGACAAGGUCGCAAGCUACCGGCUGGGGCAGGAUAUCGGCGGGGGCAGGCGUCAGGGCUAGAUGAUCGACGAUGCAAGACAAGGGAAGAGAAGAGACAAAAAUUUGGAUUCCGGUGUCAUCAGGCUUAGCUUGUCGUCCAUUCGCGGAAUGCUCGGAGGUUGUAAGCUUUCCGGUGAUGGAGCGUCUGGGAACAGGUGGAGGAUCCACUCAUGGGCGUCCAUGUUGACCGUUCCGCGUUUAUAUACCGCUGUCAAGAUGGUCGACCGAUGGCUCGAAAAUUUAACGAUCAUUUUGAGAGGUUGACGCAGAAAUAGAACCCGGCCUGAAG